UAUAAAUAGCUCGGCGGCGGGCGUGUUCAGUCUCUUUGAGUACAGCCGCUGGUGUGUCCGCACCUUCUGAUAGCCUGCUCCUGGCUCACCGCUGUUCGCUCUCACUGUACACGAAUAAGUCGGUCAGGAAGGUGAUCAGACAUGGCAUUUAAAGACGCAGGCAAAGCCCCUGUUGAUCAGGAAGUGGCCAUUCAUCGUAUCAGAAUUACACUCACAAGUCGCAAUGUGAAGUCCCUGGAGAAAGUCUGUGCUGACCUGAUCCGUGGAGCUAAGGAGAAGAACCUGAAGGUGAAGGGCCCUGUACGCAUGCCCACCAAGACUCUGCGUAUCACUACAAGAAAAACCCCUUGUGGUGAGGGAUCGAAGACAUGGGAUCGCUUCCAGAUGCGUAUCCACAAGCGUCUAAUUGAUCUACACAGCCCAUCUGAGAUUGUGAAGCAGAUCACUUCCAUCAGUAUUGAGCCUGGUGUAGAAGUUGAAGUCACCAUUGCUGAUGCAUAAAUGCCACACUUCCUCAAUAAAACAUCUUGAAUGAAG